AUGGAGACUGCUAGCCGCGGCAUUCCCGAUCAGGAAAUGUUCCUGAGCAGGCCUGUUCCGGAAGACGGCAGCGACAGCCCGACUGUCGAACCUCUGCGCAUCUUCAAACCCACCAGUCCUCAGCCGAACCCGCGCACCUCGUCAGCCUCAAACAGCAGACCUGCCUUUCCUCUACCGCCAGGUGCCUCAAGCUCCGCUGCGCCUCUACCUUUCCCAGACGACGACGAGAUACACAAACCGACUCCUGCGAAGCGCUACGGAGCUGCUUAUAACGAUAUCACCCCUCGCAUAGAUACCAGUCCGAUUGAUAAACGACCUGGUCUGGCUGAACGCCGUGGCGCUGCCCCCAAGCUAAUUCACUCGCCAUCUAGCCCUGACUCUGACCAAGGCUUAUUCGCCCGACCACUCAAAGAGCAAGCCCGUCCUGCUGCACAGUCUUCGGCUUAUUCCAACUAUCAGAAUAAGACUUACUACCCACCACCUGGAGCCGCUGCUUCGUCGUCGUCCGUAUCUUCUGGCUCCUUGCCACAACCAGCAGCUGUCAACCAUCUCAAGCAAUCUGAUCAGGUCGUGAAUCGAUUUCCCUCGACGGCCUCAAACUCGACGACGAAAGCUACACGCGGCUCUCCACCUCCCCCGGAGACCCCAAUUGUUGAACCUGGUGUCAUCCCUGGCGGAGGCAUCGAGGCUCGCUAUGCUGCAUCUGGUAUCUCCGGCACAGCAACUCUGACAAGCCUACAAGCCAGCCAGGCGCAGAGCGCUGCGGCUGCUCAGAGACUUGCACAGUAUGGAAACCAGGCGCCCCAACCCCAGCGACCAUGGACACCUACAGAGACGCCCGACCAAGCACCUUCGGGUCCUCCCACCGUGUACCAGGGAUCUAAUGUCAUAUCGAGCCCCCAACCGCAGAGAACUUACACAGCUCCACCUCAGCAGCCUAUUCAGAUUCAAGGUCACCAGAGAACCCAGAGUAACCACAGCAAUCAGAGCAAUCAGAGCAAUCAAGGCAGUCAGGGCAGUCAGGGCAGUCAGGGUAGUCAAAGCAAUCCGAACAGCAACCAGGGCAAUCAACCAGUUCAGGUCAGCGUUCUGGAGCAAGAUUUCCAACGCCUCGGCACCAGCUCGCCACCGCCCGCAUACUCCAGCGUCAACCCAGGUGGAAAUUCGGCAUAUCCGAACGAAAAGCGCCGACCGCAACAGAAUGCUACUGCUCGCCCCGCGCCUGCCGCUACCCAGCCAGUUCAGGCGAACAUUGCAACCUCGAAUCAAAAACCAGCUGCUUCAACCUCAUCUGCUGCUGCUGGACCUUCUGGCCCUGCUGCCAUUGCCGCCCCAAUACUCUCUCCAGCUCUGCAGCAUCCUGGACACCCAGCCUUUGCCAAUGAUCCUCGGCCGGAGCAGGCUGCUGUACCUCAGCAUAACGGUGCCCCGCCCGAGACCCAGACAAUAGGUCCCGGACCGGCUUCACCACCGCCACUCCCGGAGGGCUGGAUUGCUCAUCUCGAUCAGAACUCUGGCCAGUAUUAUUAUAUUCAUCUUGCGUCUCAGGCAACUCAAUGGGAAUUCCCCAAGGGUCCAAACCCGAUUCAGCCCGAACAGACGCCAUUAUCUCCUACGGCCUCGACAUACGGAAAUCCACUCAUGUCUCCCGUGUUUGGUAAACAAAACCUAGCAUCACCCAUGUUUCCUCCGCACACUCCUGGGUAUGCAGAGAGCAUCAUGAGCGUCGCAGUUUCCCAAGCUCCCACUGCUGGAUUUUCUGGCCCCCCUCCCUCUGCAGGUGUAGAUAUGUAUCGAGUUCAGCCGACAAACGGUGUCUACUUUGGGCCUUAUCUGCGCUAUGUCAACAUGGAUAUCGAAAACGGGAACUGGCAUGGUAGCAUACUGAUUGUUACGGAUUCUCCUCAACCACCCACCAUUCACAUCCAUCUCAGCGCUGAUCUGUCACCCAGCCCGAGACAGCUAGAGCCUCACGCCAUUUACACUCACCAACGAUGGACAUUCUACAAGUACGAUAUUGAUCUUCAGAUGAGUGAGGGGGGUACAGAAAGGUGGACAUAUGCUGUGACUUCACAUCUUGGAUGCACUCGGUACGAGUUCGUCGUUGCCGGUCGGUAUGAGACAGGUUGGAGAUUUAUCGCCCAUUCCGGAAACGAUUUUGCAGCCAGCACAUCUCAAAAUGAGCGCGCAAAGCUUGGCGGCAUUGGGUUUAUGUGGAAAGAUGUCUUGCAGAAGAACGUCGAUUGCGGAGGCUUUCACGCGCAACUGGGUCUGGGUGAUCAGAUCUACGGAGACCGACUGUGGAAAGAAGUACCUCUUCUGAAGCAGUGGCUCGCCAUGAGCGGUCGCGAUAACAAAAAGGGCACACAAUGGACGGCGCGCCAUGAGGAGGAUGUAUUACACGCCUAUUUCCACUACUACACCAGCCAUUUUGAUCAACCAUUUUUGCGCGAGGCAUUUGCCCAGAUUCCUCAUGUCCUACAAAUUGACGAUCACGACAUCUUCGAUGGAUAUGGAUCGUAUCCGCAGUACAUGCAAGCUUCGCCGGUUUUCAAGAAUAUUGGCCGCAUUGCCACUGAGAUGUAUCUCUUAUUCCAGCAUCAUACAACGGUAGACAUUAUGAGAAAUGUCAGAACCGACCACGAUAUUUUUACCGUGACUGGAACUGGGUGGCAUUUUGUCAAAUAUCUAGGGCCCGGCAUGGCCGUCAUCGGCACUGACUGCCGAUCUGAACGAACACAAGCGCGGGUCAUGGCCGGACCUACAUAUCAGGGCAUCUUCCCCAAAGUGGCCACACUUCCGCCCAGUGUUCAGCAUGUCAUGUGGAUGGUAUCGGUGCCACUCAUCUUCCCUCGACUGGAAGCUGUCGAAAGUUUUGCCAACACUGUCGCGGCUGGUAAAAAGGCCGUGAACACGACGUACAACAUCUUGGGCAAGGUUACGAGCUCGGUUGCAGGUGUUGUGGGCGGCAAAGAGGUUGUAGCUCAAGGUUUCUCUCAGGUCAAGAAGGCUGUGGGCAAAGGCGGGCUGAUGGGGAAUGUGCUCAACCAGUUUGGCGAGCUUGAUAUUCAAGAGGUACUCAAGGAUAUGUGGACGCACGACACCAAGGACCUGGAGCGAACAUAUUUUAUUCGUACUCUGCAAGGCAUCGCACAGCAAAAGGGAGUUCGCAUGACAUUCCUUUCAGGAGAUGUCAACGCGGCGGGAGCUGGGCUUGUUCACGAUCCCACCCAUCCUGGCGACCACAAGACCAUGUACCAGAUUAUUACCUCGCCUAUUGUAGCAGCACCCCAAGGCGGCUACGUGCUGAAACUGUUGCAUAACCAAAAAACGCUCUAUGUGCCGCAAAACGGCCAAAAGUCGACGCACGAAGUGUCCGACACAAAGGAGGACAUGAUGGAGAUUUUCCACAACGAUGCCAGCGGAGGCGUGCGAGAGCUCAAGAAACUCAUGGGACGCCGAAACUAUGCGGCGUUUGUCGCGUACGACCACGAGGCCAUCAUGGCGCAGAGCCAGCCGCCAUUCAGCCCCAACCCCAGCGUCAACAGCUCGCAGCAGGGUUUGAGCAAACUGAGCUUGGCGGUUGAUUUUGUGGUGCAAGGCGACGGACCCUAUGCGGCCACGACCAAGUAUGGGCCGGUCAUUAUCCCGCAUCUUGAGUUUGGUAGGUAG